GCGAACGCCGCGGCGGUCGACCUGCCGACGGGCGUGUCGGAGUGGGCCGUGUGCGGGCUGACGCCAGCCCGUGACUGCGCCGACGUGCGCGCGCCGCGCGUGCGCGAGGCCGUCUUCAGCAUCGAGUGCCGCGUCGACAGCGUCCGCGAGUUCGAGAGCCGUGCACGCCCCGGCACGACGUCCGGCUGCAUGGUCAUGCUCGAGGGCACGCGCUUCUGGGUCCGCGAGGACGCGCUCGACGCCGAGCACGGGGUCCUGCGUCCCGAGGUGCUGAGGCCCGUCGCGCGCGUUGGCGGCAUCUCCUACGCGCGCAUCGCCGAGGCCUUCGAGAUUCCACGCCCGCGGUUCAAGGAGGAUGUCGGCGGCAUGGAGGGGUACGAGAAGUUGCGGGUCAAGUACGAGGAGAAGCUGCGGCAACAAAAAGAGAAGGAGGGGGAGGGAAAGGGGGAGAGCGGUGAUGGGGUUGUGGAUUCGUAAGGGUAAACCUGCUUAUAGAUAGGGUGAGUAGAUCUCUUAACUGGAUAGGAGAGGGCAAGGAACCGUGAUGCGGGCAAUUCGGUAGGGUUAGGGGGUCCAUCAGGCGCGUUAACGUACCAUUUUGCUCCCGGAUAAACAUCGACCGCGCGGCUAUACUACCCUACUUACAUGUCAUGAGGGUAAACUCUUCGAGCAAAGAGCCCGAAAUUAGGCCCGUCGAUACUGUUCACCCAAGACACGUAGCACCAUUAGAACGGCGCAUGUGUCAAGAGUCUAGGCUUAGUAGAGGUGGUCUCCUCACGUGCUGCGAAUCUUGUCUCUUUCUCACCGCCAUAGUCAUCGCCAUCAUGCAUUUGGCGACAGCUAGUUCGCUGCUCCUCGCGGCCGCGGCUUGUGCGGGGGCCGUUCGGACGAUGAUUCCUAAGACGAGCUUUGACUCGCAGGCCAACUUCGACGUCGACUGGAACUACAACUACCCAUGGGGGACCGACCACAACGGCGGGGCACGCAUGGACAAGGGGCAGGUUAAGUUCUCGAGCGGAAUGCUGACGCUGACGGCGAAGAAGGUGACCGGCCAGAAGGACGCGCAGCACGGGGGCAAGAGCAUCAAGAUCAACUACCUGUCGGGGGCGAUCAGCGCCAAGGAGCACUUCAACGUGUCGCGCGGCGGCGGCUACGACUUCACGGGCGAGUUCCGGGCGACGACGACGCAGGGCACAUGGCCGGCGUUCUGGCUGACGGCGGUGAAUAGCUGGCCGCCCGAGAUCGACAUGGCGGAGUGGAAGGGCUCGGGCAAGAUCUCGUUCAACACAUUCAACACGUCCUCGGUCCUCUCCUGGAAGGACGUCACCUACUCGGACCCGGACAGGUUCCACUUGAUCAAGUGCGAGGUCCGCGACAUCAACCAGCGCGACGUCUCCGUCAAGUUCUACAUGGACAGCCAGCCCAUCGCCACGCACGUGGGCGGAAACUUCUUUGGGAAACCGAUGUAUCUUAUCAUCAAUCUGCAGAUGGAGGGAUCGUCUGGUUCGCCAGGUCCUAAUAGCGACACGCUCUAUCAGGUGCGCAACUUAGAGGUCCUAACUUACAACCCGUAAUAGAGAGGAGGAGGUGAGGUGAGGUAGGGAGUCGCGAGGAUUGGGGGUUGCCGAUCAACUCAGGCCGCUACCUUCAAGAGAAAUGACCUCGCUAUGGAGGUAAUACUUCAAGAUUGGAAUACGGGCACCUCUGUGCGUUUUGGCUGGGCUCGCUUCCUGCUGCUUCGUAAUCACUUAGUAGCCAUCUAAGGGCAUACGAAACGUAAGAAGCUAGGUAAACCUGAGCUGCUGAUCAAUCAGGAGGAUAUCCAGGUCCUAGAACUGCGAAAUAACGAGCUUUUAUAAUAUGGCUCAACUGUGAUUAGACACAAUGGGAUGCCUAGGAUCCACGCCUCUAAGGCGUAUUCCCUGUGUGCCCAAUAUGGAAUAUUCUU